CUUCAGAGCUUUUUCUGAAGAAGCUAGUUCCGAGGUGAAACAAGAAGUCUACAGUUUUGUCUUCAUUUUACUGUGCCGCUCUAGAGAAGGCAGAUACUCCUGACACAGUGGAUCUUACAAUGAAUGGUUUUGGACCAGAACAAGCUGAGAGGAUCACGUUGGACAUCCUGGAGAGGAAUAAACAGAAAAAUCUAGCUGAGCAGCUUAGAAACAAACUCAAGCAAGUCACAUUCAUCAACUUUGUUCUCUGGACCAGGAACAACUUCCUACAAUUUUCCUAUCCACUCACUCUGGAUCAAAACACAGCACAGAAAAACCUCAGUCUGUCUGAGAACAACACGAAGAUUAUUUGCACUGACACAGAGCAGCUGUAUCCUGAUCAUCCAGACAGAUUUGAUGUGCAUCCUCAGGUGUUGUGUAGUGAGAGUGUGUGUGGACGCUGUUACUGGGAGAUUGAGUGGAGUGGAGAUAGAGGUGUGUGUAUAUCAGUCUCAUAUAAGAGCAUCAGCAGGAAGAGACGGGGUGAUGAAUGUGUGUUUGGACGUAAUGAUCAGUCCUGGAGUUUGUUCUGCUCUUCCUCCAGAUACUCAUUCAGACACAAAAAGAUACGGACUGAACUCCCUGUAGAGUCCAUCAGCAGGAGAACAGGAGUGUAUGUGGAUCACAGCGCAGGAACUCUGUCCUUCUACAGCGUCUCUGACACAAUGAGACUCGUCCACACAGUCCAGACCACAUUCACUCAGCCGCUCUAUCCUGGGUUUACCAUUUAUAAAAGCUCAUCAGUGAACCUGCUGAUCAAUCAGAAUUGACUGUAGAGAGAAUAUAUGACAGAAAAAUGUGGAUCAGUAUUUCCCCAAAAGCCCAGGAAUGGUCCUCAAAUGUCUCGUUUUGUCCACAACUUAAAGAUAUUCAGUCACAGAGGAGAGAAGACACUAGAACAUAUUCACAUUUA